CACUUCAAACCACAAACCUAGCUCUCAUUUUUACAUUCUUCACUGACCCUUUCUCACCAGAAAUUGUUUUCCUCCUUUUUGGCAAUGGCUACUGCUGAGUUUGGCCUUUCAGAAAAUGGUUGCUCUGUCUCUUCAACUCAUUUGCACUGGAAAAAGGCUGCUGAUGCCCUCCACUGCUCCCAUUUCAACGACGUUACUCAAAUGGUGUCACAAUUUGCGGAAGCUAAUACUGUUGAAAUUCAGGGCACUACCCUUACGGUGGCUCAGGUCACGGCCAUUUCUCGUCGAAACCAAGUGAUGGUUUCACUUGAUGAAUCCACUGCUCGAGACCGGGUGGCAAACAGUGCUGACUGGGUUACUAACAACAUCUCCCGUGGCACAGACACUUAUGGAGUCACCACCGGUUUCGGUGCUACAUCUCAUCGGCGCACCACUAAAACUGCCGACCUCCAAGCCGAGCUUAUAAGAUUCUUGAACGCCGGAGUGAUUGGGAAAGAAAAUCUUCGGACGAGUUAUUCCAAGGCAGCUAUGCUUGUGCGUGCCAAUACGCUUAUGCAAGGCUAUUCCGGCAUCCGUUGGGAGAUACUUGAAGCGAUGGCUAAGCUUAUGAAUCAAAAUUUGAUCCCAAAACUGCCUCUAAGAGGAACUAUCACAGCAUCUGGUGAUCUUGUCCCAUUAUCUUACAUUGCAGGGUUGUUGACAGGCAGACAUAACUCCAAGGUUGUCACCCUUGAAGGCGAAGAGAUCGAAGGUAUCGAAGCUUUGAAAAGAGCUGGAAUUGCUUCUCCUUUCAAGCUACAAGCAAAGGAAGGUUUAGCUCUUGUGAAUGGAACGGCUGUUGGUUCAGCUGUGGCUGCAACAGUUUGUUUCGAUGCCAAUCUUUUGGCUCUCCUUUCGGUUAUUCUUUCGGCUUUGUUCUGCGAAGUUAUGCACGGCAAGCCAGAGUUCACUGAUCCCCUCACUCAUGAGCUCAAGCACCAUCCUGGCCAGAUUGAAUCGGCUGCUAUCAUGAAGUUUCUUUUAGAUGGAAGUGAUUACAUGAAAGAAGCCAAAAUCAGGCAUGAGAAAGACCCUCUUACAAAGCCUAAACAAGACAGGUAUGCAAUUAGAACCUCUCCUCAGUGGCUUGGACCACAGAUCGAAGUUAUUCGCCACGCAACGCAUUCGAUCGAGAGGGAAAUUAAUUCCGUGAACGAUAAUCCAUUGAUCGAUGUAGACCGGGACAUUGCUCUCCAUGGUGGGAAUUUCCAGGGAACCCCUAUAGGUGUCUCCAUGGACAAUCUCCGAAUCGCCAUUGCAGCUAUCGGGAAGCUCAUGUUUGCUCAAUUCUCUGAGCUUGUUUGCGAUUACUACAACAACGGUUUGCCUUCGAAUUUGAGUGGCGGCUCUAAUCCGAGCUUAGACUAUGGAUUCAAAGGAGCAGAGAUCGCCAUGGCAGCAUAUUGCUCCGAGCUCCAAUACCUUGCAAAUCCCGUCACGACGCACGUACAAAGCGCCGAACAACACAACCAAGACGUGAACUCCCUUGGCCUGAUUUCAGCUAGAAAAAGUGCAGAAGCCAUUGAAAUACUAAAGCUCAUGUCCUCAACGUUUAUGGUGGCACUUUGCCAGGCUAUUGAUUUGAGACAUUUGGAGGAAAACACGAGAGAAGUAGUGAAACAAGUGCUUCUCCAAGUAGUAAAGAAAACACUCUACAUCGCAGAAGAUGGAUCACUGCUUGAAUCACGUUUUUGUGAGAAAGGACUGUUGCAGGUUAUUGAACACCAACCAGUUUUCUCCUAUCUCGAUGACCCCAUGAAUCCUUCAUAUACCCUUUUGCCUAAACUACGACAAGUGCUUGUUGAAAGGGCUCUCAAGGAUUGUAAAGGCGAUGAAAAUGGGUUUUCAAUAUUCAAAAGGAUCCCAGUUUUCAUAGAGGAACUCAAGGCAAGACUGGAAGAAGAGUUACCGAAAGCAAGAACGAAAUUUGGAAAUGGAGAAUUUAGGAUUGCUAAUAGGAUCGAGAAAUGCAGGAGUUAUCCGAUAUAUGGAUUUGUAAGGACUGAAAUUGGAACUCAGCUUCUUAUUGGUGAAAAAAGAGUGAGUCCAGGAGAGGAUAUAGAGAAGGUUUAUGAGGCCAUUAAUGAAGGGAAACUAGGAGCUGUUUUGAUGAGGUGCUUAACUAAUUGGCAACCAUAAGCUGGCUCGCUGUACUUAUAUUUGAUUUGCAUUGUAUUAUCGUAACCUCUUAUAUUUCUGGUCUACGUAGCUUGUCUUAUUAGUAUUUAUGAAGUUAAUAAUGGAAAUUUGAUAUUUUUCUGAUUUA